AUGACCACCUCCUACAUUGUUACAGGAGCCAAUAGAGGCAUUGGCUUUGAGUUGGUGAAGAAGCUUUCUGAGAAUGUUGACAAUGUCGUUGUUGCAACCUCUCGCUCUUUAGAGCGUGCCGAAGCACUCCGGAAUUUGAACAAGCAGAACAUCGAAAUCAUUCAAUUAGAUGUUACUGAUUCUGUGGAUGAGUUGAAAGCGGCACUCGCUAAACUGAAGUUUUUGGCCAAAUACGGCGUUGAUGUCUUCAUCCAGAAUGCUGGAAUUGGAUUUUUACCAAAGGUGCCUGAUUACACCAUCGAUCAGCCCAUUGAGUCGUACACCAAAUUUUUUGAAGGCAACACUUUGUCCUCCGUGAAAUUUUAUCAGGCCAUUUACCCAUAUUGGUUGAAAGAACACGCCGGUGUAACUAAGAAGGGUGUGUACGUUUCUUCAGUUGCAGGAACCAUUGGAGACCUUGCUUAUACCACUUUUGCCUAUGGAUUGUCAAAGGCUGCUUUGAAUUUCCAUGCAAAGCACACUUCCUUUGAACACUCCAAUAGUGAAAACCCCACUUUGAAAAGCUCAAUUACUGUUGCCAUCCACCCUGGUCUAGUCCUUACUGACAUGGGAACUCCGGGAGCCAAAGCAUACAAUCUCGAGUCGAUUGCUAUAACUCCCGAACAGAGUGGAGAGAGCGUGGUCAAAUUGAUCGAGGGCUUGAAAAGUGAGGAUAAUGGCGAGUUCUUAAACUAUGACGGCACCAAGCUUAACUAUUAA